AUGACUGUACGUCACUCCAACAUUGGAUAUAUUGAAGGGGAUGAGGACACAUCGCCGGAUCGAGGCCGAAGAAGAGAAAGAACAAUUGCUGAGAGAAUUGCCCGAUCCGCUAGCAGGAGUGAACAGCAACCGGCUGCCGCUGCUGCAGCUCAUAAAGUUCGUCGCGGCAGUCUACUAGCUGCUGCUGCUGUUGCCAUUCCGGCACCCAGACGUGUCCCUCCAAAUCCGCCGCAACCAGCUGCUGCUGCUGUUGCCAUUCCGGCACCCGGAAUAGUCCCACCAAAUCCGCCGCAACCAGCUGCUGUUGCCAUUCUGGCACCCGGACGUGUCCCUCCAAAUCCGCCGCAACCAGCUGCUUCUGCUAUUUCCAUUCCGGCACCCGGAAUAGUCCCUCCAAAUCCGCCGCAACCAGCUGCUUCUGCUGUUGCCAUUCCGGCACCCGGAAUAGUCCCACCAAAUUCGCCGCAACCAGCUGCUGUUGCCAUUCCGGCACCCGGACGUGUCCCUCCAAAUCCGCCGCAACCAGCUGCUGCAGCCGCCGCCAUUCCCGCUGUAGGCCGUGGCCAAGACAUCCAUCGACCAGCAGCUGCAGCCACUCCUCUGGUGCGCCGGGACCAACAUGUACAGCCACACAUGUUGGUCCUUCAACACUUAUUUGAUUUCGUGACUGGUGCCCUAAGGUCGGGGGCGACAAUUCGGACCUUUGAGACGGUAUCGGGUUAUAGGACAACCUAUGCCAUACAAGGUGACGCAUUUGUUGCUACCUACGACUCCGUCAACAACUACGUGGCAGACAACAAGCGCGAGGCGGGCAGCCCCACCCCUACAGCAUCCCUACCGAGUUUCACACCUUUUGCUGGUAGACCCUUGGGGGUUUUCUACUGA